GACUAAUUAAUGAAGAUGAAGUUGCUUCACUCUGUCAGUUGCUAACUUCUUUCUCGUUUAAUAGUAUGGUGGCUGGUAGUAGUCACACGUGAGUCCGUCAAAUACCUGUCGAAUGCUCUGCGUAUGAUAGUCCAAAGCAGUCUUGGAAACAACGCGUUGGAUUCGGUUGCUUAAUUUUGGAAUACUUUUUUUAUCGCCAGCUAAGAAGAUGCGUUUCCGCGGUCUACCCCUCGAAUUAAAUUGUGGGUCGGUCGACUUUGAACUAACCAGCAGAACCGCCGUAGCCGGCCUAUUGCUUCCGGUGUGUGGUCCUUGUGGCUUCGUCUCAGUGUCGUAUUAUGUGUUGUUAGGUUGCGCACACGUCCAGUGUGAUUCGUGUGCCCUUGUUUUUCCGGAGAAGCAUGCUCAGGACACGGAAGAACGCAACAUUGCCUGUUGCUCCGUAUGUAACGAGACCAGCGAAGCGACUCCGAUGAAGAUUAGCAUAACCGCCCUCGAGAAGCUCAACUUUUGUUGUCCCUGUGGCAUGGAAGGUACCCUGAAAGAAUUGCGCCAGCACCGAAAAGAAUGUCGUGUCACCGAGAAAAUGUAUUCGUCGCCGACCACUGAAAGUAUGACAGGUGUCGCCGAUUCGACUAGCUCUGGCGAAGCAAGCAGCAGCCGUAUGAUGGACGCCGACCGCAUCGCUUCCAGUGUCAAGGAAACCCUCCUCAUUGAACUACAACGAGUCGAAGAAGAUAUCGUAAACCGACUCGAGAUAAGGAGGGCGUCGGUGGAAGAUCAGAUCAGAGAUUGCAUGAGAAAGAUAGAAAUAUUAGAAGCGCAACUAACUAGGCUGCGACCAGAAAAUCAACAGAUAAAUACAGACCCCACUACAUUAGUGGACAUGAUUGUUCUCGACACACAACGAAAUUCACUGGCUAUUCGUAACAUAGAGCAGCAGAUAAGUCGACUACCUUUUGUGGCUAACUCACGUGAGGACAUUGUUAGAUGGGUAGUACGCCACAGCGCUCAAAGCGUUCUCCUUUGGUUCAACGUUAAAAAACUUCUACAGCAGAUGAACCGUAACGGUAGUCCGGCAACGUCCGAUGAUCAGAAAGCACUUCUUGGGGGUUAUCCUUGUCGAGUUCACCUGGCAGUAGACUUUAUUGCUGGACGGAAGAUGCUCGGAGUUUACAUUGGCACCUCAAACGAACGCAGCUCAGCCGACUGGCCUAUGAAGCGUCGUCUAACUAUGAAGAUAUACGACAACGACGGAACGCCUUUUGUUGAAGACGAUAUUGGAACAACUGAUCCUGAGGCAGGCAAUUAUUUCAAAGGACCAAACUCGCAAGGCAUGUACGGAAUAGACGAUUUUAUCUCCAUCGAGAUUUUGACUAACCAGAACUUUUACUGCCGAAACCAGGGAAUGGUUUGCAUAGGGAUCGACAGCAGUACCUUAUAAAGUUUGUAUCUAAUGAAGGAAGACGCACAUGGCUAGAGCUGAAGACGCAAACGGAGGAGGCAGACCAAAGUUAAUGCUGUAUAGACCCGUCUCUUAACGGGAGUACCCAAUGGAAUAAGCGACGCAUAGAUGGUUGGUGGUUGAUUGAACAGUAGCGAAAAUCUCCUAUGAUGGAUUGAAAAGUCGAUUCAUAAGGCUAAGCCGCUUUUGUGUAUUCGAUUUUGGCUAUUUAUAGAGAAAGUCAACGUCCCUUAAUAUUGUGUGUUUGAAAAUAUGGAAAUGAACUACUUACUGCUAUCAUAAAUAUAUAAUUUGAUCAGCUUAUUUAAGUAUCCCUAACAGUGAACCGAUAUAUAAGCGACGCAAUAAUUAGAUGAUGAAUCCGUAUCGUAGGGGGAGCGUUAUGGCGAUACAAUUCGCGCAUGUAUGCGCAAGCCCUUAGAAACAUUGGCGCUCGUUUCCUCGACGUAACCUCUGUUGCAAAAAGGAGUUUUACAUAAGCUAUAAAUGAUCAAGAAUCCUUAAAGAAAACUUGAUGUGAUAUAAUAUUGUAAGUUAGAAACAAUAUUCUUUAAGUUACAGUGAGUAACGUGCUUCUGUACAGAACAACGACUGCAAUAGUUAUAGGUAAAAUAGGCGUGAGAAUGUAAACAAAACCAAUAUGCCUUAGAAAUGAGGUGGUGUGAAUCUAGAGCAAAUAAACCCGAUGUAAAAACGAACCGCUAUCUCCUCGAUAUUCCCAACAUUACUGCAGCGGCCGACGUAUAUUUUCCAAGAUACUACGAGAUUAUAAGCACAUAACGAAACUAUACUAAUUAUGUGGAGAGCAAGAUAGCCUAAAAGCUGAAUUUUGUAUUAAAAGGACAUUACCACCUGUUAACUAUGCUCGAUGGUAUCACUUGUUUAAACGUUCGUUGUUCAAUAUUCAUUUCAUACUAAUUCCUUUAAAUAGAAAUAACACGCCUCUUUAUUGUACAGUUGCUAAGUGAAUUACUACUCACAGUAGCGCUCGCGUUGGAUGUAGGUCCGUCCUUCAAGUGGUUCAUUGUGAAAAGAUGAGAGCAUAACUAACAGAGAACGUCACUUUUGUUGAGCAAAAAUACGAUAACAACAUAGAUUAUAUUUUAUUGAUAGCAAUGCCGCAAAACGACCAAAUACAUAGGCCGUUUGAUGGCCAUUACGUAUACAGCUUGACAAUCAUCUUACGAUCAGAGGGAAGAGUGAACUUCACACCAAUCAAGGUAUUUACUCCUAAUCAACAAUCUUAAAAUAAUCUUGAUCAAUUACUACUAUCAUUAUCAAAUAUUGUGGUCCGAUUUUUGUGGUUAUUAUUAUUAUUAUUACUAUUAUCUCGUUAAUAUUCAAUUAGUACAUACAAUCAUGUUGUCAAACUAAGUGAACGUCGCUUCUAAAUGUUUCAUGAAUGUGCAUAUGCAGGUGAAGGGCGUGUGUAUAGGUUACCCUCAAAUUCUUGGUAGGCACAUGUUCGAAGCCUUAUAUUAUACUAUGAAGACUAAUAAAGAUUUUACAUAAUGAAACGAAAUUGAAUUUACUUCGUAAAGGAUUAUCAUUUCUUAAACGGCUCUAAAAUGCAGAAAGGUGACGCCAAUAUCUGUCGGUGCCUAAAGAUAAGUGAAACUUAUCACGGCGUUUAGUUCAUAUGGAUUUUUUCCCGCUUUGCAAAUGCUUAUAUCGAUGACAAAAAAAAA